CUGUGACAGCUUGCGGGUGCCCACUGCGCAUGUCUGCAGUCUCUAGUCAUCUCCUGUACUAUGUCCGCAGUCUCUGGUCAUCUCCUGUACUGUGUCCGCAGUCUCUGGUCAUCUCCUGUACUGUGUCCGCAGUCUCUGGUCAUCUCCUGUACUGUGUCCGCAGUCUCUGGUCAUCUCCUGUACUAUGUCCGCAGUCUCUGGUCAUCUCCUGUACUAUGUCCGCAGUCUCUGGUCAUCUCAUGUACUAUGUCCGCAGUCUCUGGUCAUUUCCUGUACUGUGUCCGCAGUCUCUGGUCAUCUCCUGUACUAUGUCCGCAGUCUCUGGUCAUCUCCUGUACUGUGUCCGCAGUCUCUGGUUAUCUCCUGUACUAUGGCUGCAGUAUCUGGUCAUCUCCUGUACUAUGUCCGAAGUCUCUGGUCAUCUCCUGUACUGUGUCCGCAGU